AUGGGCACCAUAGGAUCGAAAGCCAUUGAUUUGCAGACUUUGGGGUGUUCCUCCGUGCUGCCUUACAUUCAAGGUGCGAUGUGCCUGCCUCCUGCAAUGAGUCACGAGAUCGUCCCAUACGGCAAGGGCAAGGGCAAGAGCAUCGAUGAUGCCCAGCUUCGGAAGUUCACGAAACGCACUGUUGACUACGGUUCCGACGUGGUCCGAUGGAUGGAGGACUGUGUGGGGCGUCGUACGCGCCCGAGGCACCUGCAAAGACAUUACAACUAUACGAAGGAACUAGUUCCUCCUUUCGCGAUGCCGCGAAAUCCGUACGACGGCAUUUGCCCCCGCUUCGUUUAUGCAGCUGUGAACAAAAACAGGUCGCCUGUCUACGUGGCGACAUGGUUCCCCAACGGCCGCCGCAUUCUCACUGGUACACUUGCAGGCGAGAUGACCAUCUGGAAUGGUUUGGCCUUUCAUUCCGAGAAUGUCAUGCAGGCACACAACGCCGGCAUCAAGGCGAUGUGUUGGACUCCAGACGAGGCCGUCAUGGUAAGCGGUGACCAGCUGGGCAUGAUCAAGCUUUGGGAUCCAUUCAUCUACAACUUCCAGACCUUCCAGGGCCACAAGGACUCCGUGUGCGACAUAGCAGUAGCGCCGACUGGGGAAAAAUUCUGCUCCUGUGCAGACGACUCACAUGCAAAGGUUUGGGACCUCAAGACCGGCGAAGAGGAGCGGGCGUUCACUGGUCAUGGCUGGGAUGUAAAGUGCUGCGCAUGGCACCCGACCAAGGGUUUGGUGGCCACCGGCUCGAAGGAUUCCCAGAUCAAACUUUGGGAUCCCCGAGCAUCCGAAGCGAUUACCACCAUCUUCUGCCAUAAGAACACCGUCACGCGUGUAGCCUGGAGCCCCCACGGCCAGUGGCUAGCAAGUGCCUCGAGAGACCAACUGGUCAUGCUCAUGGAUGUGCGCACGAUGAGUGUGCGGAAGGUCUUCAAGGCUCAUCAAAAAGAGGUCACCUCUCUCUGUUGGCAUCCGGAGUCAGACUCCUUGCUUGCGUGCGACCCUCAAUCCUCGUUUGGAUCGCGUCCAAUUUUGCCGGCCAUUUGUCGCCGAAAGACAUGCUGA